UGAGAAAAACAAGACCUCCGCGGUCUCCGUCAUAAAAAUAUUGUUUACGUCUUCAGGCUUCGGCAUAAAUCUUUUUAAAUCCGAGCCAUCAAUUAGUUUUAAGUCUUAAAAAGUAUCUCACGUUGUUAAACAGCAAUUUAUUGUAAUGGCAGAAGCAGACAAGCUUAAUAUCGACAGUAUUAUUUCCCGUUUAUUGGAAGUCCGUGGAGCAAGACCUGGCAAAAAUGUACAGCUCAGCGAAAGUGAAAUUCGGGGUUUAUGUUUGAAAUCGAGAGAAAUAUUUCUUUCCCAACCAAUUCUUCUAGAACUUGAGGCUCCAUUAAAGAUUUGUGGUGAUAUUCACGGUCAGUACUAUGAUUUGUUAAGACUUUUUGAGUAUGGAGGCUUUCCACCAGAGUCCAAUUAUCUGUUCUUGGGUGAUUAUGUUGACCGUGGCAAACAGUCUUUGGAAACCAUCUGCCUCCUUUUGGCAUACAAAAUUAAAUAUCCUGAGAACUUUUUCCUCCUUCGUGGAAACCAUGAAUGUGCAUCUAUUAAUAGGAUCUAUGGCUUUUAUGAUGAAUGUAAAAGAAGAUACAACAUUAAAUUGUGGAAAACAUUCACAGACUGCUUUAAUUGUUUACCAGUGGCCGCAAUUGUGGAUGAAAAAAUUUUUUGCUGUCAUGGAGGUCUAAGUCCUGAUUUACAGUCGAUGGAACAGAUAAGGCGAAUCAUGCGCCCGACAGACGUGCCUGAUCAGGGCCUGCUUUGCGAUCUUUUAUGGUCUGACCCGGACAAAGACACGAUGGGCUGGGGUGAGAACGAUCGUGGCGUCAGUUUCACGUUUGGGGCUGAAGUUGUGGGUAAGUUUCUCAACAAGCACGACUUCGACCUGAUAUGUCGUGCUCACCAAGUCGUCGAGGACGGCUACGAGUUCUUCGCCAAGAGACAGCUGGUCACAUUGUUUAGUGCCCCCAACUAUUGCGGUGAGUUUGAUAAUGCGGGUGCGAUGAUGUCAGUAGAUGAAACGUUGAUGUGUAGCUUUCAAAUAUUGAAGCCUGCAGACAAGAAGAAGUUCCAGUACGGGGGUUUAAACGCGGGACGACCGGUGACGCCCCCGCGAGGCGCCACCAACAAAAACAAGAAGAAGUGAAUAGACGACGAGGGGCUGAGUAAAACGACGACGCUGACGAAGACAAAAACUACGCGAAUCGACGGCAAACGCGGCGCGCCCCAUUUUAACUUAGGAAUUAGAUUAUAGGUUUCAACAAAACUAAAUACAACUAUUACUACUACUAUUAUCACUACUACUACCGCUAUAACUACUACAAACAAACCAACAAAAAAUAAUAAAAACAAAGCAGGGGAUUAAUAAUGAAUACUUAUUAAAGUAAUCGUCAGUUUUAAUAAACUGAUUGAUGUGCGCGAGGAACACGAAACUUCGAGGGCGGUAAUAAUUUUAUUAAUAAAAUAAAAAUACAAAAUACACUAUUCAUGUGUUUUUUAUCGUAUUGUAUACUGCUGAUUUGUCGUAAAAAGUCCUAAAUAGUAACAAUUUAACUGUUUCUUCUUCUUCGUUCUGGUAAAAAACAAUUCGAAUAUGUACGUGAACGUGUAUGUAAGGGUGUAUCCAGGGGUAGUCGGCCAUUUUUGUUCGGAAUUUUCAAGUGGGAAGGAAAGGUGGACGAAGGGCUCAACGGCAAAAUUUUCUAAAUUAAUUUGCGUUGUAUUUAUAUAAAAUGUAUUUAAUUUAUUCUCAGGAAAAGUAUGUUUUCAAUUUAUUUUUUUUUUAUUAUUAAUUAAUUUCCGGUAUGUGUACGUGUGCCCGUUCGUGCUCCUCGCUCUUCUCGUCUAAUUCUUGUCGAUUUUCGUUUGCAAUUAAACACAUAAUUUAUCACUCUUUGAUGAUAAUGUUAUAUUUUUAGAGAAAUUCGCGCAAGGGGGCGCAUUUAUUUUUGUACUUUUCGUUUUAGCGAAUUCGUAGUAAUUAAUUAAUUUUUAAUGGGGAAUUACGUGAUAUAAGGCUGAAAAAGAAAUAUUUAAUGUGUAUAACCGAUGAUACAAAACGGGAAGUAUAAUGUAGUUUAGCUAACGAAGAAAGUGGCUGAUUAUUUUUAGGUGAUUCUUUGAUUUUUAUUCUUCUGGGCUAAUUAUAAAUGGGAAAAUACUACUUGUUUCCAUUGAACAAAUCAGUAAUCGUUAAAUUAUUAAAAUGUACUUAUUUCUCUCUUUUAUCUCUGUACUUACAAAAAUCAUGACUACUAAGUAAAAGUUUCAUUCUCUCUGUUGUAUAAUAUUUGCAAUUAAUUAUGGUUACCAACGUUUCGCUUGCUCUUCAUCAAUCCUAAAUGGAAACAGGUGGUUUUAAUAACAAUUUUUGUUUGUGCAAAGUCAUUUUACUCCAUUGAUAUAUACAUACUGGAAGCUACUGGAUCGGUUCUUUUUUCUUUGCUGCUUUUUUUUGUUUUAUAAUUGUUGACAAAGCAAACAAAUAAUUUUGAACAAUUGUUUCUGAUUAUUGUAAAAGCUACUGUUUAAGUGUAAACAAUCAAUUGUCCUUUUCAGUCAAUUGUUAAUACUGUUGGUUAUUUAGCACUUUCAAUUUCUUUUUGAAAAGGAAUUUGUUGUUUCUUUCUUUUUAACGUAAAAUGA